CCUCCAACACGGGUCACCAUAAUCGAACACAUUCUGUGGCGCAUUUUUGAAGUGAUGUGUGUUGUCAACCAGAUCUAGCUUACACUAGUUUAAGGCAAGGCUAUCGCGCACUAAGCUUCUAAACGUGGAUCUUAAUAACACCUAGGAAAGAAAGUGUUCUUUUUUUUUCUUCUUUGAUUGGAUACGUUGCUGAGAAUUAGAUCUAACAUUUGAUAUCUAGAUCUAUUUAUAAAUCUAGCUAGUGAAGUUUUUCGGUGAGUUUGGCCACACCUUUAUGGAGUUUGUCACUAACAGCGGAGAUUAUUGCCAGGCACAACACUUCCCACGCGAGGAGUAAGACCUCUGCCUGCCAAGAGAGCAGAGUGUCUUGCUAAAACUGUAUCACUUUUUAUAUACCUUGGACUCUUGCUAAAUAGCCCUAUCUGGAAUACUAAUCGAAGAUGCUGAAAAAAUAAUUCAUAUCUCUUCAAGUAACAUUUGAACUGAAUUAAAAAUAUUCAUACAGGAGCUCAAUUUCUUCAGUCUUAAGGGGUAACACUGGCUCAAAGAUGUUGAAUUAAAUCACACCUCAUUAUAACCAGUCUUCUGCAACCAGCUUUAUAGGGUAAAAUAUUUUGGCAUUUAUCUUGGUUUUUACAUUCAGUCUUGAAACAAAAGAACAUUUUGGAAUAGCCAGUGCUUUGUGUGGAAGUUUUCAAAGCUUUGAGUGCCCUUUUUUUUAAACCCUAUACCAACUGCCUUUCUCUAAAGGCAAGUACAUCUGUGGGAAAAGGAUAUUGUAGAAUCAAUAACGAGCACAAGUGGAAACUGUGUAUUCUGACACAGAAAAACAAACUUUGCUUUUUUUUGCUGUGUACUUCAUUGUAACUUUGAGUGUUCAUUCAAUAAACUGGAUUAAUUAGUCGUUGCUGCUCAUCUGGAACUAAGAGUUUACAAACAGGAGUUUUUAUCUGCGAAUGUGAGCUGCCUUACAUUCAUGAUGAAAGCACGCAGGCCAGAACCAGCAGAAAUCUGCUUCAAGAACAUGAGGUUUCUCAUAACUGACAGGCCCACUGAUGCCAAUUUGGAUAAAUUUUUGCAGGAACUUCAGAAGCAUGGUGUUAAAGAUGUGGUCAGAGUGUGUGAGCCUACCUACAGUAAAGAGAAACUUGGGGAGAGUGGAAUCAGAGUCAUGGAUUGGGAGUUUGAUGAUGGCAGUCCACCUCCUCCAGAGAUUGUACAAGACUGGUUUAAUCUGCUCAAGAAUCGUUUUUCUGAAGACCCUGGCUGUUGUGUAGCAGUGCACUGUGUAGCUGGUCUAGGAAGGGCUCCAGUUUUAGUAGCUUUAGCUUUAAUGGAGGCUGGCCUUAAAUAUGAAGAUGCUGUGGAAAUGAUUAGAGAAAAGAGGCGUGGUGCGAUCAACACAAAACAGCUGGCCUAUCUAGAGCACUACAGGGCAAAGUCCAGGCUACGUGUGAAGAAUGGCCGCAAUGGGAGCAGUCAUCAUGCAUGCCACAUACUUUAAAGGAAACAGCACUAAUUGUAACUGUGAUGAGGUCCCGUCCUUUCUGCUGUACAUUUCAGAUCUUGGUCACUUGAUUCUGUUGUUCACCAAAUGAUGCUCAGUAUAAAUGAAAGCAGGCUGUAGGGAAUUCAUAAUGGAAUCUUAACUUAAAAAAGAGCAUAGCCCUACUUGGUAACUUUUGUAAACCCACUCAGCAAUACAUUUUAUACAAAUAAUAAAAACAAUAUAUUAUGAAUUUUUUAACUUACUAAGACUAUGAAGAUUUAAAAAAAGAGCUCAAGUGUAUUUUUGUAUGAAAACAAUCAGAAAAUGGUGAAACAAAAAAAAAAUCUGUGUAAAUUUAUAAGGACUUGAACGUGCCUUGUAUAAAUUCCCACAAGUUCAAGGAGUUUGGUGUAUGUAAAAUCACGUUUUCAUUCCACAUGAGGGUGAAGAGGCUAGUUGAGUUUCUCUUCCUUUAUGACCGCUACUGUGCUACCUUUUUAUUUUUCAAUGAGGCGGCUACCUCCUGCAUCUUUAAACUUAAGUCUUGUCAGUUAGGAACACCUGACUUGAUAUUCAGUAUUGUUGUGUCUCACUGUAAAAAUAAAAAUUAAAGAGUUCUGAAUAACUAUAGUAACUAUUUACACUUAACUUCCACAGAUGUCAUUUACAUGAGAAUUAUGCGUAAGGGUUGAAACACAAAAAGUAGAUGUAAAAAUGUGAAUUUUUUUUUUUUUUGUUAAGCCUUCCUAUUAUCUUGUUUUCUUUAAACCGUAUUGUGAUGUGUUUAGCUGAGCACCAAUCAAUCACUCUGUGUUGUGUGUCUGUGAGAAGAGCAUUGUUUUAGUGGUUAUUGUUUUGGUUUUGAAAGUUGUGUAAUAAGAUGGUGUGUUGUGCAUUUCUUUAUUUCACCAGUGAUAAGCUCUUGUAGAGAAAAGUUGAAAUUAUUAGCUAUAUAUUAGUUAGUGUUAAGGGCUGCUUCCUUGCUUUUUUUAUCUUUACAAAAAAAAAUGGUGCUUCUGGUCAAAUCUUUUUAAACUCAUCAACUCAUGCUGUAUUAAAACAAUUUAUGAAACAUGAAUGUACCUUGUUAAGUUAAAGCUACUUCUGUGGUUUUGAGAUGUCAACCCUAUUCAAAUAAAAUUGUUGAUGUAAAGUCAUGCUUAAGUGACUUGACUGCCUUGUAAAUCAACUAGUAAGUUAAAACUAUGAUGUUACACUUGAGUAAGAUCUUAAACAAGUUUUAUUGCAUGACUUUGUUGCUGGCAUAGCGAUGUACUGAUCUAUUCUUUGUGUUGUCUUUUGAUGUAACAAUUUCAUUUAUCAUUGAAAAUAAGUAAAUUGCAUUUUUGUAUUCUCUCAGUAGCUUUUAAGUGUACCCUUCCUUGGUUGGAAAUCAAAAUGACAGGCAUAGGUACUAAAUGUAUUAAGAAUCUAUAAGAAAUUUUGACUUUGCAGGGCUUCUCAAACUUUCCACAAUUGAGGAUACAUCAUUUGUGAAUAUGUUUAUAAUUGUAUCAUAUGUGUGGGGGUGAUACACUGAUUGUAUUGUUUAUCCAUGAAGAUAUAUAUUUAUUAGCACGAGUGUUGACUGCAUAGAUGUCCCUUGAUAUUGUACAUUGCAUCCAUAAUUAAAGAGAUUAACUUGUAGUAACAGUGUAUUGGCUGAUUAUCUAGGAAUCAGAUUUUAAUAAAAAUUUAUAAUAUAAACAGCUGUGAUUGAAGCUAAUCAGAUAGUCAUGGCAGAUGUAGAGCAUUCUUGCAGAGUCUGGAGGGGAAUGUGCCAGUCCGUGUGCCAGGCAUACUGUGGUGUGGUUGUGUGCUAUAAAGAUAGAUCUGUGAGUGACUAAUGUAGCUUGGAGUGUUAUACAAUUUUUUUUUUCAUCUCACACUAAUGUAUUUUGUUGUACAAUGAGUAUAUUAUAUAUAUAUAUAUUGUGAAUGAAAUGCGAAUUCUGGUAUUGUAAAGCCAGUUGUCCACCUCUAGUGCCCCCUCGCCCCCCUCUCUACCAACCACCUGUUUCACAGAGCCCUUUCCUUUAUGUCCCUUACCAUACACACAAUAGAAAAACAUUCAGUGUUCAGAAUUAAAAAAGCGAUUGAGACAGCACUUACAUUUCCCCCCUACUUAACAGUAGUUUUGUUUUAAGUGUGAUAACUUAGGUUUCAUUUUUUUUUGUUUUGUUCUUUCCCAAGAGUAUUGUCUAUAAUUAGAAUUGACUUUGCCCACUUGUAACAUACAAAUCUUUCUGAAGCAUGACAGUUGAAGCUUAGCCCUAGCUGUACAUUAAAAGCUAGCUUCAGAAGUGUUUACAAGACAAUUUAAACCAUUAUUCAAGGGGUAAUGAAGACAAUAUCAUUUUUUUUUUUUUUGUUAAUUAGAAUUUAUGUAUUAAAAAUAAAAAGCAAAUGUUAGGAUUUCAGUUGGUGAAAUAUUCAUUUCCCUUUUUUUUUUCAUCUUUUUUUUUUUCUUUUAAUAUUUAAAGACAGCUUAUUUUUCCUUUUUUUUUUUUUUUUUUUGUUGAGUUUUAUGAUUUGGUGGAGGAAGUUGGACAGAUGGAACUUAUGAAGGAUUUGGUGUCCUCUGUAUAAAAAAAAAAUACCCCAAUGUGCUGGUGUUUUAACUUCUGAUGCAUUUUAAAUGAAAUAAAAACUUCCAUUAGAAUAUAA